ACUUUCUCCUGAUUGCAAUUUGCUCUUCUCAAACUUUUCCGAGAGAAUUCGAUCUUAGGUUUUUGUUUUUCUCCUUUUGAUUUGAGCGUCGAUGGCAUCGAACCCUCACAGAGGCGGUGCGGGUGGUUCUCUUUACGGAGGUGCCGCUCCAUACAGAUCCAGAGAUGGGCUUAGCACUAGAAGUGCUACAGGUUCAGAGGAAAUCCAGCUUAGGAUUGAUCCCAUGCACUCUGACCUAGAUGAUGAGAUCACUGGUCUCCAUGGCCAAGUCAGGCAAUUGAAAAAUAUUGCUCAAGAAAUUGGGUCAGAAGCUAAGUUUCAGAGGGACUUCUUAGAUGAACUGCAAGUGACAUUGAUGAGAGCGCAAGCAGGGGUGAAGAACAACAUAAGGAAACUGAACUUGAGCAUCAUACGUAGUGGGAACAACCACAUCAUGCACGUGGUUCUUUUCGCGCUCCUCUGCUUCUUUAUCCUCUACAUGUGGUCCAAAAUGUUCAAAAGAUGAGAGACGACGACUCCUGAAACAUACUUUGAUGAAAUGUUGGAAAGUUGUAGAAAUCUCUUUUUUAGUUUGUGGUUGGUUCAUCUCGUACGUUCCCUGUUAUGUAGAGUUUGUGCUUAUUUUGAACAAUUACAUAGAAGCAAGAAAAGAUUAUAUCAUAUUACUUACCACAUAA